AUGUCUCUGAGUCAAAACACUACGCCGGAGCUUUAUCUCUCAUUACUUUCUGGUCGGCACGAGCAGCGGCAUAACGAUGCUGGGUCUCGUCUAUCUGGACACCCUUUUCCCAAGGACCCCCAUCAAUUGAUGGACCUCUUAGAUGCUCUUGCCGCUGUUUGUAUCCGAAAAGAAAAGGGAGAAGUCUUCUUUGUGUCAUUGGCCAUGGCCAUGGACCCGAAAGCUGCGACACUGUAUGUAUCUUCCAAUGAGAGUGUACCAGCCACUGUUAUCUCCCAUCUCUAUAAAAUAUGGGGUCAGCUCAAGGAACUCCAAAAAGCUGUAGAGCCCAGUCCACUGUCAAUCCCAGCUGAUAACAAAACAUUGUCUAACCCAAAUAAAACCCUGUCACACAUGGAUGCCAUAUAUGAGACCACUGCGAAAAGCUUGCAAGCUAACAAUAAGGAUGCCAAGUUCCUACACCUUACAUGUUUGGUGUUGAAACACAUUCAGGGUCUGCUGCAGAAUGACAGACCACCACAUUGCCUCACUGACUUGAUUCAGACAAUUGACAGGAUGAGUGUGGCUUGGUGGGAUCAUUUGAACACUGCAGAAAUUGACAAUAUUCUGACCCACUGGGAUAAUUUAAUUUAUGCUGACUGGAACAAGAAAUUGUCUCUGUGA